AUGACCUCCGUCGUUGCUAUCGGUGUUGGUGUCGCUGCGGCCGCUUUCUUCGGUCGAGCAGGUCUAGUGGCCCUCCGCAGAUACAGAGGAGGUAUUGAUGGCGCCGGCCGCGCAUUUUACAAGGGCGGAUUUGAACCCAAGAUGAACAGGAGAGAAGCGUCUCUUAUCCUAUCACUCUCUGAACGAACUCUUACCAAGGAUAAAGUCCGCCUAAACCAUCGCAAGCUGAUGCUUCUUAACCAUCCUGACCGAGGCGGCAGCCCCUACCUUGCCACGAAGAUCAACGAAGCAAAGGAGUUACUUGAGAAGACCGUUUAG